AUGUCCGUCCUACUCGAGACAUCUGCCGGCGACGUUACAAUCGACUUGCUGGUGAAGGAUGCGCCAAAGUGUUGUGAGAACUUCGUGAAGCUAUGCAAGAUCAAGUACUACAACUACUCACCGGUCUAUAAUGUGCAGCAAAACUUCUCCUUCCAGACUGGCGACCCGAUAGGACCAGAAUCCAAGGACAGCGAUGGAGGCUCUUCGAUAUGGGCCAUGCCGAACAGUGCCACCAAACGUGCAACAAGACCGGAGAGUAUGGCUUUCAAGCCCGAGUUCGCAGCGAAGAGGAAGCAUAAUGAGCGUGGUACUGUGAGCAUGGCUACCUCGCAGUCGAAGACAAAUCCUGACGACAGACUGGCGAGCAGCCAAUUUAUCAUCACGCUCGGCGAGAACAUCGAGCAGUUGGAUGGCAAGGCUGCAAUCUUCGGUGAAGUGGCAGAGGGCUUUGAUGCUCUGGAGAAGAUCAACACAGCUUUUGUCGACAGCUCUGGUAGGCCACUGCAAGACAUCCGCAUAUUGCACACCAUUGUUCUCGACGACCCUUUUGACGAUCCGCCUGGAUUGAUUGAGCCGCCAUCGAGUCCUGUCCCUUCUGCCGAGCAACGUGCCACUGUUCGCAUCGCUCAUGACGAAGUGCUCGCGCAGCAAGACGACCCUGAGCAGAUGGAGAAGCUGCGACGCGAGCGCGAAGCACGAGCUCAGGCUCUCACGCUUGAGCUCAUUGGCGACCUGCCAUUCGCAGAUGUCACACCACCAGAGCAGAUCCUCUUCGUCUGUAAACUCAACCCGGUGACACGCGACGAAGACCUCGAACUCAUCUUCUCCCGAUUCGGCAAGAUCCUGUCAUGCGAAGUCAUACGCGACAAGAAGACCGGAGAUAGCUUACAAUAUGCUUUCAUCGAAUUUGGCAGCAAGGAGGACUGCGAACGAGCUUACUUCAAGAUGCAAGGUGUCCUGAUCGAUGACCAUCGCAUCCACGUCGACUUCUCACAAAGUGUCUCGAAGCUUUCGAACGAGUGGCGUGGCAACACAAAUUCAAAAACUGCAAGAUCACGUGGUGGUUUUGGUGGCUUCGAUGAUCUGGAGAAGAGAAAGCAGUAUCGUGGAGGUGAUGCGGGGAAUGCUAGGGGUGAUGACUAUGGCUACGUCUUCGACAAAGAUCGCCAACGCAGCGGGAAGGAUGGGAAUGGCGUCCGUGAUCGUAAACGAGACUAUGAAAGAGAUCGCGACAUCACGAGGCGCAGGUCAAGAAGCCGUAGUCCUCCUAGGCGAAGAGAGCGUCAUGACCGCGAAAGGGACGAUCGACGGCAGCGAAGUCGCGAGCGUGACAGGGACCAGAGAGAUCAACGCUCACGGCGGUGA